AUGAGGCAGUUUGCAGCUUUAGGAGUUGCAAAACCUGGUCUUAGCCCUCCACCUUCGGCACAAGACAGUGAUAGUGGGGAUUCUUGGCUUCUUGCCCAGAUUUCUCGAAAAGAAAACAAAUUGGGUUUUAGUUUCUUUAUUGGUGGUGAUGGUGGAAUACCUAGUAUCAAGACAUCUCACCCAAUUCUUCUGCGAUUCGGUAACAAAAUGACGAAGGAGCCACUCCGAGCUAGGAGGAAGCUAAAGAGUGUUUUGGAGUCAAUAUGGAGCGUGGAAGGCCAAUCGGAGGAUAGCACGGGCGAAAAGGAGAAAGAAAAGCAAGUGUCAGAUCUGCGGUCCAAUCCGCGGUCGCGGACAAAACCAUGGGCAAAAUCCGCGAAGAUGAACACCUUCAUUAAUAACGGAUUGAACAAAAAGAAAGUGGUGUUCAUAAUAGGAGCUACUGGAACUGGAAAAUCUCGUCUCUCAGUUGACCUCGCCACUCAUUUUCCAGGAGAAAUCAUCAACUCCGACAAAAUGCAAGGGUAUAAGGGACUUGAUAUUGUUACAAACAAAAUUACAGACCUUGAGAAACAAGGCGUACCGCACCAUAUGCUAGGUGAAAUUGAUCCGGAAGCUGACUUCACGGCUGAGGAUUUCUGUUAUCAAGUUGUUUACCACAUAGAAUUUGUAUUGAAUUCUGGCCAUAUUCCUAUAAUUGUUGGAGGAUCUAAUACUUACAUUGAGGCACUUGUGGAGAAUCCUGUGUUCAAGUUUAAAUCUAAGUACAACUGUUGCUUCCUUUGGGUUGAUGUUGCUCUGCCUGUUUUACACUCUUCUGUUUCCAAAAGGGUUGAUCACAUAGUCCAUGCAGGGUUAGUGGAUGAGGUACGAGGAAUAUUUGUUUCUGAGGCAGAUUAUACCAAAGGAAUCCGACGAUCCAUUGGUGUUCCAGAAAUGGAUAGGUAUUUAAGAGAGGAAAACAAAUCAAAUAUUGAUGAAGCAGCUAAACAGGUACUCGUUGAAUCAGCCAGUGAAGAAAUUAAGCUGAAUACGUGCAAAUUAGUGUGUUGCCAACUUGAGAAAAUUCGACGUCUGAGGAACGAGAAAAUGUGGCCAAUUAACCAAAUUGAUGCGACCAAUGUGCACAAAAAAUCUGGAAAAGAAGCUGAUGAUGUUUGGAAUGAAAUGGUGAAACCUUGCUUGGAAAUUGUUGAAGAAUUUCUCAAAGAUGAUGAGAAGAAUGUUGAGGCAGAAACCAACAUUAGAACUAUGUUUCCAUUUAAGAAGCUGCAAGUUGCUAUCUAA